AUGGAGGAGGCAAACGACCGCCUAGCAGAGAAAGUGCAGGCCCUGAGCGACAUUGAGCUUGCCGUGCUGGUCUGCCUUGUCGCCGAGCAACAUUGCAUUAUCGAGGCUGGGAAGGAGAGUAUCAAUGAUGUGCAAGCAGAGCUGAAGCUGGUUGCGUCUAAUGUUUUUGGACUCACGUGCGCGGUGCUGGACUGCGAUGAGAAUACGACGCUUGAUGACUUCGGUAGUGGUAUCUUGGUGAAGGACGACGGCGAAGACUACUUUGGCAAAAAUAACGGGAGACUUCAAGGCGAGUUUUCGUCUAAAUCAGGCUCACCCAGAAUGCCCGACCGCCGGAUAUCAAAGUCGCCCAGGCCGUUCAGUCCGCUGGACAGUCGGAGGAUUGCGAACAUUGUUGUCGCCAAAGAUGUGAACCAAGCAAGUUUGCAGGUCCAGAUCCAAGCACUAGAACUCAUACGAGGAAAGCGAAACUUCACGAGGACUGCGGUACAUGCUGCACCGAAACCAUUUCUGUUCAUCGCCCUGAACAGUACUGGUACUCCGCGCUUGACGAUGCACCUAAACGAUCAGUUUUCUAUUUCACACCAUCAUUUAGUUAAUGAUGGGCUGCCGAAUCUUGAAGACCUGCAAGAGCAGGCGCUAGCAUCAGAGGACGGUGCAUCGACCUCGUCGGUGGUGCAUACUCCUCCGUAUGCCCCUGUGAGGGAUAAAGCACAGGCUAUUAUGCUUCCACCUGAGGAUCUCACCCACUUGACCACACUCAUGUCACAAGUCAAAAUUAGCCCCGAAGUGCGGGCUUAUCUUUACAAUAUCGUAGUCUUUAUGAGGUUGCAUCGAGCUGUUGCCGGUGGUAUAUCCGCAAUGGCUACGAGACAUUUCGAUACAAUAGCCCGCGCGCUUGCUCCCCUCCACGGCCUUGAUUACAUGUCUCCAUCGCUAGUCGCCCUCGCUGCCCGCAAAGUCUAUCCACAUCGAAUCGUCAUCACAGCACCGGAAAACGAGCGGAGCAUGCAAUGGGGCAGCUCGCUCGAAGCUGUGAAAGCUGUCCUGGAAGGCGUCACUGUUGAGGACGUAAUUGAAGAGGUACUUCAGUCAGUAGAAGCUCCAUUGUAA